AUGUCCGGACGUUUGGAUAUUCCUGGUAACGGUGUACCUUAUAAUCAUGCCAUCAACGGUUUCAAGAAAUGCGUCCUUUGUAAAGAGUCGCCUCAAAAAUUUCCAAAUGAGCUUAGCCGGCGCGAAUACCAAGAAAUAAGUGGAAUUUGUGCCUGUUGUUGGGAAAUAACAACGCUCCCCCCUGAUGAAGGAGUCGAACAUGCAAAGAACGUACUACUUUUCUAUGGACGCGAGUUCAUUUUUCGAAAUGAAUGGCCGCAUUCAUGGAAAUGUCUUACAUGUAACAAGUUAGUUCAGGGAGAACAGACCAAGAAACCGCACAUAUGUGCAAUUGAAAAUAAUUGUCAAAAGGAAGAUUGGCGAAGGCACAAAAAAGAAUGUAUUUAA